AAGUCAGUGAAAUAAAUAGGAGAGUGAGUUAAAAUUCCUGCUUUUUUAAUUUGGUUAUUAUUGGGGAUUUUUAAUAAGUGAGCUUGAAUUGAAGAAAGAUAGUCUGUGCUAGGAGAGGACUGAGGAGAGAGAGAAGAUCAAAAGAGCAAUGAAAUGCAAGCACAUCCAAGCGCCGAGUCGCAAGAUUAAUAUUGCUAGGGUUGUCUCAACUUCCAAUUCAAUCUGGAAUUUGAUAAUCGGUUCAGUUAUCCAUAUUAAUGUCUGGCAUUUGCUAUAGCAUCCGUUACUGAUAUCAAUUCGAUUAUUCAACUAUUCAUACGUUUUCACCUCUUAUUCAAUCGUUGAUCUACAACUUCUUGAAUCCUGCUAUGGAGUGUGAAAUUGCAGUUCUGAAAUACAGCAAGAGAAGCUUCAAUUGAGUUCAUAAUUAAUGGAGAUUUGAUUUGAUAGAAAUCCAUUUAUAUUGAUCUUUGGGGAUUAUUAGUUAUGGAAUCCAGAAUGGAUCAAUACGAGAUCAUGGAGCAGAUUGGUCGCGGUGCUUUCGGAGCCGCUAUUCUUGUCAAUCACAAAUUAGAGAAGAAGAAAUAUGUGUUGAAGAAGAUUAGGCUUGCUCGACAAACGGAGAGAUGUCGUCGAUCCGCUCAUCAAGAAAUGUCACUCAUUGCGCGUAUCCAACAUCCCUACAUUGUUGAAUUCAAAGAAGCUUGGGUCGAAAAGGGUUGCUAUGUUUGUAUUGUCACGGGUUACUGUGAAGGUGGAGAUAUGGCUGAGUUUAUGAAAAAGGCAAAUGGUACUUAUUUUCCCGAAGAGAAACUCUGCAAGUGGUUCACACAGUUACUGUUGGCCGUUGAAUAUCUACAUUCAAAUUAUGUCCUCCAUCGAGACCUUAAAUGUUCAAAUAUAUUUCUGACAAAAGACCAGGAGGUCCGCCUUGGUGAUUUUGGACUGGCUAAAACUCUCAAGGCAGAUGAUUUAGCUUCUUCUGUAGUUGGAACUCCAAAUUACAUGUGUCCUGAACUUCUAGCAGACAUACCUUAUGGCUUCAAAUCUGAUAUUUGGUCCUUAGGUUGCUGUAUGUAUGAGAUGUCAGCUCAUCGACCAGCAUUUAAAGCUUUUGAUAUGGCAGGAUUAAUUAGCAAGAUAAAUCGAUCGUCUAUGGGUCCCCUGCCUUCUUGUUACUCUCCUUCAUUGAAGACUCUAAUCAAGGGAAUGCUACGCAAAAAUCCUGAGCAUCGCCCAAGUGCAUCCGAGGUUCUUAAACAUCCUUACUUACAGCCUUAUGUCAGCCAAUGCCGGUCCUCCAGUUAUCCAUCUCUUGGGAAGCCAAUGUCUGCAGUUCGUCAAACACGAAAACCCAUGAUUGAAAGCCAAAAUAGUAGCAGUUCUUGCAGUGAUAAAGAUAGUUCUGUUUCAACAGAGAAGAACAUUCCAGUAAUGGUUUACUGUGAGAAUAAGGCUACUGAGACAGAUAUUACAUCUGAAGAUGACGUAGAUUACGAGAAUCCAGCUCAAAAUGAUGAAGAUCGCUGUGCUGCUGAAUGUGUGGUCAGUAUGCAUGAACAGGCCAUGAAACCUGCUAAUAGUGAGCCAAAAUCCAACAGUGAGGUAAAGCAACCAAAGAUCAUAAAAAGUAUACUAAUGACCCUCAAGGAAGGUAAAACUAGAGAGAACAGUUCUCCUAUGAGAAGCAACAGAGGAAGAGCUGUGCAAAGAACUAACAUUGAAGCAUCUCCUAAAAUCUCAAGGCCCACCAUUGUUCCUCCUACUGUCAAGCCUGGUGCUGAUUUCCAUGCAGUUGUGUCGGCAAGGACCAGUCCUGAUUCUGCAAAAAGAGUUCAUGCAUCAUCUUCUCUAAAACAUCAGUUGCCGAUUGUUGAAUCCUCGCCUAAGACUAAGCCCAGACAUGAAGUUGUUCCUUCACCUGGACCCACCAAACAAUUACCUGAAGAAGGAAUUGUUUCUAGGCCAAGGCAAAGAACUCCUCCUUCCAAUGUCAUACGACGGUCUUCCUUUUCAGGGAAAAUAAAGCAAGCAAGUCCUGAUGUUACAAACGGUGAGAUGGGUCAGGAGUCUGAGAGCAUUGGUUUAGUAAGCAAAAACUCCCCAACUCAUAUUCCACAGGAGGUGAAGCAUGAAUCAGGGAAGGCACCUCGAAGAGUAACACGAGCUGAUAGCAGCAAUUCCAUAUCUUCCUCCGUGUCCAUGCAAGCAUUUGAACUCUCUGAUGAUGCAACAACUCCUUUUGAGAGCUUAUUGCAGCAGGCUACCCAUGAUUGUGAGGUAGUGAGCCACACUGAACAGGUUGGUUCUCAUCGGCCAAGCAGUGCUUCUGCUUCCAUUUCAUAUUUUGAUAAGCCCGAAAAUAAUACCAGCAAUGCAACUUAUAAUCAGCCUGCAGUGACUGACACUGAACGCUUCGAAUUGCAACGCCCCAGCAGUGCUUCUGCAUCCAUUCUGAACCACCACAAAAUGCCUGAAAAUAGCUUUAGCAAGGCUACUCAUUAUCACGACGCAGUGACCCAUGCCCAACGGUAUGAUGUGCCAAGCAGUGCUUCUGCUUCCUGCUUAUUCCCUGAGAUUCCUGACAACAGCUCAGGUAAGGCUGAUUGUGAUCAUGGGAUAGGACACCGUGUUGAGACAGAAUCACAGCGCCCAAGCAAUGCAUCUUCGUCACAUAUGUAUCCUGUGAUGCCUGAAAAUGUUUCUGGAAUAUUUCAUCGACAUGAUGACGAAGCUGAAUUAUGCUUUGUCGAGACAUUUUCCUUUUCUUCUGGCUCUCCAUCUGGGAUAGACAAGAAUUUACCAAGAGAUAAUUAUGCACUUAGUAAACCUUCAUCAUAUAUAGAUGCCCCAGGCUCAGAUGGCAACCCCAAAUAUCAGAAUGUUGGUCCUGGUAAUGUAUGUUCUGAAGCUCAAACAUCGUCAAAUCGCGCAUGUAGGAGUUCUCAGGAAAUCUCAGAUAUGGGUUUUGGGUCUUCUGCUAAUAUGGGUGGUGAAGCUAAUGCAAUGAUGAAGCACCCAUACAGAAGUCCUGAAGAAAUGUCGGUAUGUAAAGAAUACUAUUCUCCGAACAGGUCUUGUGGUAGAUCUGAUCCUAUGCAAUGCUCAAAUCAUGUAUCUCCAUCAAGAGGUGAUGACAAGUUCACAGUAAAGGAAUUCUUAUCCACAGAGGGAGGAGAAAAUGCAGUUUCAAAUGUAUCCAAAAAGAAUCUGCAGAAAGAUAAUGAGAACAUCUUGAAUAAUACAUCACCCAAAAAUGCUCCUGGUUCGAGUUUGCCUUCAGUUUUUGAAGAUGUCGUAAAUGUCAAUCGGCGUAGUAAUUUCCGGGAUGGAAAUGAGCAGCCAUUUAAUGAAACUGUUGAGAGACAGAUUGAUGUUGGCACUCUCGUCAAUGUAAUGAGGGACGAGAGAGAUGAGAGCAACAUGAGUUGUUCACAUUCUGUGAAACCCUCAAAUAGUUCACGGACCGUGACUCCAAGAUCAGAUUCUCCAAUGAGACUAGGUCUUUCAGAACCAACUGUGGCAAACUCAGAUAUUUUACAGCAAGUAAAGCCUCAGAGUGGUACAAAGGAAGGGGAUUCUCCUUUUAAGGAAGUUAUGGAUGUUAAGUCUUUUAGACAGAGGGCGGAGGCCCUUGAAGGACUACUUGAAUUGUCCGCUGAGUUAUUGGAGCAAAGUAGACUAGAUGAGCUCGCGGUUGUAUUAAAGCCCUUUGGCAAAGAUAAGGUUUCCCCAAGGGAGACGGCCAUUUGGUUGGCUCGGAGUCUUAAAGGCAUGAUGAUUGAGGACUCUUCUCGUACUCCAUAACUUUAGUUCCACAUUCCUGCUGGUAUAGUAAUCAUUAUUCUUGGUCUUUUGUUGUGUUUUUUAGAAGAAAAACAAAUUACUUGGAACUUUUGUAGAGAUCCUACAAGUUUUCUCUGCCUUUUUUCACCAUUCUUUGGAUGCAGCAUGUUGUUGUACAUAAUGAUGAUACGGAUUCAAUAAGGUUGUGUUUUGUUUCUUUCAACUGUACCAAUAUGCUGUAAUCAUGUACUGUAUAGCACAUAUAUGAAUACCUGGAAUAUGAAUUUAUGGAGAUUCAAAACUCUGUUUUUAACCAGUUAACUAUUUUUAUGUU